AUGGGAUACGAUAAUUAUAAUCUUCAACCAAAUUUUAAACCAAUUGAUCAUUUAUAUGAUGAUAGAUUAAGACAAUUUACUAAUACUGGAGGUCAAUAUUCAAAUUUAAAUUUACCAAAAUUUUAUGAUAUUAAAAGAAAAGAAAUUGGUAAUUUAAAAUCUUGGAAAGUACCAGAUGAUAAAAAUAGUAAAACUCAAAGACCUUUAUUUCGUAAUAUUAAAUUUGAUGAUAUUAAUUGGGAAAAUAUUAAUUUAGGUUAUAAUUUUGGACCAAGUUGGAAAACUUUUUGGGUUAAAUUUAAUUUAGAUAUACCAGAAGAUUGGUUAAAAUAUGAAGGAUUAGAAAUUGAAUGGGAUUCAAAUUCUGAAGCUUUGAUUUAUAAUUCAAAAGGUUUACCAUUACAAGCAUUUACUGGUGGUGGUGAUCGUAAUUUAUUUGACAUACCAAAAGAAUAUAGAAAAUCUGGUGAACAAAUUUUUUAUAUUGAAGUUGCUUGUAAUGGAAUGUUUGGUAAUGGAGCAGAAGGUGAACCAGAUCCAAAUAGAUUUUUCAAAUUAAAUAAAGCUCAUUUAGUUGUACCAAAUUUAGAAGCAAGAAGAUUAUUUUGGGAUUUUUGGAUUUUAAGUGAUGCAUCAAGAGAAUUUCCUGGUGGUUAUUGGCAAAAACAUCAAGCUGCUGAUUUAUGUACAAAAAUUAUGAAUACUUUUAAUCCAGAUGAUAUUAAUUCAAUAAAAGAAUGUAGAAAAUUAGCAACAAAAAUAUUAAGUGAUAAAAUCAAUUCAGAUGAAGUAUUUGAUGUUAAUCCAAAUCCAAAUAAAAGAGUUGAUGUUUUUGGGGUAGGUAAUUGUCAUAUUGAUACAGCAUGGGAAUGGCCAUUUGCAGAAACCAAGAGAAAAAUUGUUAGAUCAUGGACAACUCAAUUAAAGAUUGCUGAUAAAUAUCCAGAAUAUGUAUUUGUUGCUUCACAAAUGCAACAAUUUAAAUGGUUAAAACAAUCAUAUCCAGAAAUUUUAGAAAAAAUUAAAGAGAAAUUUACAACUAAUCAAUUUAUACCUUUGGGAGGUUCAUGGGUUGAAAAUGAUACUAAUUUACCAAAUGGUGAAUCAUUAAUUAGACAAUUUGUAUUAGGUCAAAGAUAUUUACAAGAUGAAUUUGGAUUUAAAUCAAAUAUUUAUUGGUUACCUGAUACUUUUGGUUAUAGUUCACAAAUUCCUCAAAUUUGUCAAUUAUCUGGUAUUGAUAGGUUUUUAACUCAAAAAUUAUCAUGGAAUAAUAUUAAUAAUUUUCCUUUGUCAACUUUUAAUUGGAAAGGUAUUGAUGGAUCUCAAGUAUUGGUUCAUAUGCCACCAGCAAAUACUUAUACAGCAGCUGCACAUUUUGGUGACGUUUUAAGAUCAUCACGUCAACAUAAAAAUUUAAGAGAUGUACCAACAGGAUUAUUAUUAUAUGGACAUGGUGAUGGUGGUGGUGGACCAACUGAAGAAAUGAUCGAAAAAUUAAGAAGAUGUAGAGGUAUAAGUAACGAAGUUGGAUUAAUGCCAUCAGUUGAAUUAGGAGUUAAUAUAGAUGAUUUUUAUGAUCAUUUAUUAGAAAAUUCAAAUCAAGGAUCAACUUUACCAACAUGGACAGGAGAAAUUUAUCUUGAAUUUCAUCGUGGUACUUAUACUGUUCAAGCACAAAUUAAAAAAUUUAUGAGAUUAGGAGAAAUUAAAUUACAUGAUUUAGAAUUAAUUGCUGGUUUAGUAAGUUUGAAAAAUAAAGAUUAUAAAUAUCCAGGUAAAGAAAUUCAAGACUUGUGGGAAGAUCUUUGUUUAUGUCAAUUUCAUGAUGUUUUACCAGGUAGUUGUAUUGGUAUGGUUUAUUAUGAAGAAGUUUAUCCAAUGUUGAGUGCAUUAUUGAAAAAGGCUGAUAAAUUAAUUUUCAAAGCUCUUGAAGUUGCUGGUAAAAAUAAAAAGGCAUCAGUUGUUAAUACAUUGGCUUGGGAUAGAAAUAAUGAGAUUUUGAAUAUUCAAAAGGAUGAAUCACCAGAAUUAUUCCAAUCUUUGAAAAAAGAUGGUCAUUCAGAACAUGUACAAGAUGAAAUUAAAGUUUCAGUUGAUCAUGUUAGUGGAGAAACUAAAUUCAAUAAAAAAGUGAAAUAUCCAGCAACUGUUAAACAAGACAGUGAUGGUUUCAUCUUGUCAAAUGAAUUAUUAGUUGCUAAAAUCUCGCCAUCUGGUAUAAUUACAUCACUAUAUGAUACAGUAGCAGAUAGAGAAAUUAUAGAUACAACUUCAACAUCACAAACAAAACAAUCAAAUAAAUAUGUUGGAGGUAAUCAAUUACUUUUAUUUGAUGAUGAACCAUUAAAUUUCCCAGCUUGGGAUACCGAAAUUUAUUCAUUGGAGAAGUUUAAAUUAUUAGAUAAAGGAAAAUCUAAAAUAUUAUCUGAUAAUCCUUUAGAAGUUUCAAUUCAAGUAACUCAUGAUAUAUCUCCAAAUUCAUCAAUUGAAACUAUAAUUUCAUUACCUGGUGUUAAUUCAAAUAAUAAUAAUUUAAUAAAAUUCUCAUCAACUGUUAAUUGGCAUGAAAAUUAUAAAUUUUUAAAAGUUCAAUUCCCAACUACAAUAAAUUCAGCAUUAGAAGCAAAUUAUGAAACUCAAUUUGGUAUCACAAAAAGACCAACUCAUUAUAAUACUACAUGGGAUGUUGCAAAAUUUGAAGUUUGUCAUCAUAAAUUUAUGGAUUUAAGUGAAUAUAACUACGGUGUUUCUAUAUUAAAUAAUGGUAAAUAUGGUGGAUCAAUUCAUGGUAAUUUAAUUAGAUUAUCUUUGUUGAGAAGUGCAAAAGCUCCUGAUAAUAAAGCUGAUAUGGGUAUUCAAAAAUUUGAGUAUGCUAUAUAUUCUCAUUCUGGUCCUUUAGGUGUUGAUACUGUAAAAGCAGGUUGGAAUUUUAAUUAUAAAUUAAUUCCAAAAGCUAGUGAUACUUCAUUUUUAAAUGCUAUUAAAUUAGAAACUAAUUCUUCAUUAAUUUUAUCACAUAUCAAAAGAGGUGAAAAUGAUAUUGAUGUAAGUCAAUAUAAGACAUUAACCAAGAAGGAAAAAUCAAUAGUUGUUAGAAUUUAUGAAUCAUUAGGUGGUUCAAGCAAAGGUAAAUUAAUAAUUGAUGAAAAAUAUUUCAAAGUUGAUAAAAUUUACAAGACUUGUGCUUUAGAAAGUAAAAUUUUUGAAGAAUUAAAAUUGGAUAAAGAUGGUGCUGUUGAUAUUAAAUUGAAAAGUUUUGAAAUUGGAACUUAUAAAUUGAUCUUGAAAGAUUAA